AUGAAAUCUGCAUUACCAUACUUUACUUGCGGAACCAUCGUAGUGAAACCCGAAGAUGAAGCCACAGUAGAAAAACUACCAGCAUCAAUCGAUCAAGGUGUUUACUACGGUUGGGCACAGUUAUUAACCAAAACAGAGAAUGAAAUCUACAAAAUGGUGACAAGUAUAGGAAAUAAUCCGUUCUAUAACAACACUAAGAAGACUAUCGAAACACACAUGAUGCAUGAAUUUUCCAAUGACCUUUAUGCAGAAAGGAUAAAACUUGUUCUGUUAGGAAAAAUACGCCCAAUGAAAACAUUUCCAACUAGACAUGAAUUGAUUAUGGCAAUACAACAAGAUAUUUCUAUGGCUAGUAGCAAACUCGACUCGGACUCUUGUCGACGAUAUUUAUCUGAUCAGUUUUUCCAAAAAUAA